AUGAUAAAUGCGAUAAAUUCCAAGACAGAAAUUUUAUCACCAAUCAAACAAAAACAACCGUUAGUGAAUAGUGCCGCUAUCAACAUUUGUAAUAAUAACUCUAAUAUAAAUAAUGUAAAUUUGAAAACGAAAUUUUCGAAUAAUUCGAAGAAAGAAACAAUUAAAUCAAAUGGAUUUGUCGAAAAAGCAUUAAUAUUUAAAGAAAAUAGUGAAGGAUUCGGCUGUAAUGGCGGUAUUUGUGGUAAGCGAAAAACUGUAAUUCAGGCAUCGACAUCAGAAUUACUUCGUGGCCUGGGACUAUAUCUAUCUAAACGAUGCCAUAUUCAUCAGUUUGAGCCAGCACAUCUAGUCAUGUGGCUAAGGACUGUUGAUAGAGCUUUGCUCUUGCAAGGUUGGCAAGAUGUCGCAUUUAUUAACCCAGCAAAUUUGGUUUUCGUCUUUAUGUUAAUCAAAAAUAUGGUACCUGGCGAUGAUAGUAUCGAUACGAUCCAAGAGCUUCAGUCAGUCGUUCUAACAUGUCUUUAUAUAAGUUAUAGUUACAUGGGAAAUGAGAUUUCUUAUCCGCUGAAGCCAUUCAUCGUUGACCAAAAUCGUGAGCGUUUUUGGGACCGUUGUGUCCAAAUAGUGAACGAUCGAAGUUCGGAUAUGUUACGGCUCAAUUCAUCAUCCACGUUUUUUACUGAAGUUUUUAGUGAACUUAAACAAUUCGCUGUUGAUAUUUGA